GAGGACCCUACGAUGGGCCUCUUGGUUCUUUGGUAAAAUUCCAGAGAGCAAAGCAUUAUCGAUGGUCUCCUAAGAAAGAACACUUGGUCACCUCUGCCUCUGCUCCAAGAUACUUGGUCGGCUCUGCCUCUGCUUCAGAAUACUUGGUCACCUCUAUCUUUGCUUCUGCCCCUGCUCGUGAUUCAUUGGAAAAAUGA